AUGCCAGAAUUUCAGUGUCCUUAUAAAAUGGUUCUUUGGCUUUCACAAAUCAACUCGUUUUAUAUUAUUCGUUAUGGUGUCAGCGAUAUGUCUCAAUAUUGUCAAUUUUGCAUCUCGUUGAGUCGUUUCUUUGCUCUUGCUUUUGACGGUGCCUAUUUCCGAUACUCAAUGCGAUUGCCUUAUCUCCAAGUUCUCAUACCGUACGCCCUUCGAUUUGCGAUCGGAUAUUUGGGUGAACUCUGCAAAGAACAGCUUUGUGAUGGCUGGAUGUACUUCUACGAUCCAUUCGUCGUUUACGCUCCAUAUUUUCUCACUUGUGCCCUCGAUUUUGUUAUCAGGCGCAAAAUGAAAAAGCUAAAACACAGCAGCCCCGCCAGCCGAGCAGAAGUGUUGUUGAUGACCCAAAUGAUCAUCAGUUCUCUGGUUACUUUCACUUACACUAUUGGUUUCUAUUUCGUUGGAAACGUUUCGAAUUUAUUUUUCAACUGGGAUGUUGCCAAUCUGUUGAUGUCUGUUCGUGAUUUCAGUCACGCUUUUCUCUUCAACCUUGUUUUGAGUCUAAUCACCGCACUUUUCCUCCGAAAACCGAAAGAAAAGCCGUUAAGGACAAGAAGUUCGAUCACUGUGACUACAUCAAAAGUCCAUCAUCCAUCAAAAGGUCAU